UCACGGCCAGCUUGCGGAGGUCGGAGUUCAAUUGCCCCGGGAAGCGGAGGCAGCAGGUCACUCCGCUCAUCGUGGUCGAGAUCAGCUAGGGUUAGUGAGCUUGAGGGUUCUGAAGCAGAUAUCGUACAGAGCUUCAUUGUCAAGCACCAUACACUCAUCGGCAUUCUCAACCAGCUGGUGAACAGAGAGAGUAGCAUUGUAAGGCUCCACCACGGUGUCAGACACCUUGGGCGACGGGAAGACGGAGAAGGUCAGCAUCAUUCGAUCCGGGUACUCUUCCCUGAUCUUGGAGAUCAACAACGUCCCCAUCCCAGAUCCCGUCCCUCCUCCCAAAGAAUGGCACACCUGAAACCCUACACCAAUUUUCCCCCCAAUAAUCAUGGUUGUUAAGCACAAGUAAAACGAAAUUCAGUGCCUGCUGACAUUGUUGGAUCGUGCGCGCUCAAUUGUCAAAGCUAGAUCACCGCAAUGUCCCAACUUUGUAAAUUCGAAACGCAAGUUCGAUCCAGUGAUUGGCAACAAAUCCAACAGCGUCAACAUGGAUGGAUUGAGGCAAAUGUGGAUUGUGUAGAGUUUGAAUUUGUGUAAUGGCGUUACCUUGGAGGCAAUCACAAUUCUCGGCUUCCUUGCGGACG